AUGAGUGACGAACAAUCCACGCCCAAUGCAAACGGCGAAAGCCAGCAUGCAUCGUGGCUGCCUAUUCCAUCGCGUGCCAUCUCGGUUGUCGAGCAUCCAGCCAUCAUCAAGAACGUGGAAAAGGGCAUUGCCUCGUUGGGCGGGCCUAUCAAGCUGAGCAAGGGCCUGCGAUCGAAACUGGAAACCACCGUUAACGCGGAGGGCGAUGAUGAACUGAAGAAGCUCAUCUCUGUCUCUCUUCGUCCCGACGACCCCUUCGCCAAGCGUUUGCUAUCCACCCCAGUGCGCACCAACAACCUACUCCUCAAAGUCACAGUCCCCAAGCGAACGGGUCGCAAACGAAAGCGCGGCACUGCGGGGCCCUUUCUUGCUGAAGACGACAUAGCCCGUGACAACAAUCAGACAUACGUCGAUGCGCCAACAAUCUACCGAAGCAUCCAAGACAAUGCAUCCACAUACAAGGUUGCUCUUGUUGGUGUAGUUGACGAGACUCACCGGUUCAGGAAUAUGCCUGACUUGCAGUAUGCCGCUUCUCACAACGACACAAUGCUCGGCUUGCGUGAUCACAUUCUUUCCAGACGAUAUGACAAAGUAAAGAACUACAACAUCAACACAGCAGCUGGUGCAGAUCUCACCAAGACUGUCGGCCCAUCUGCAGAGUUUCUGCAAAUGCCAAUCGCUUUCAACUACCGAUUCCAGCAAAACUCCAAUGUCAAAUACACCGACCAAGGUGUUGUCAAUGUGCAGAGAAGUCUGUCUUAUAACGCAUACACCAUUGUCAAACCCACCGACGAGCAUGUGCCAAAUGGACCGAGACCCAACCUACCCGCAGAGAGGGAUCUCUCGCCUUAUAUGCAGUCGUUGAUCGCCAACAUUAGAGCCUUGCUCCUUGAACGACCUAUUGUCACUCGUCAACUUCUGUACAACAGACUCGGGUGGAGCAAGCGAACCAAGCUCCGGCAAGCAGCUAUAUACUGUGGGUAUUUCUUCGAGAGUGGACCUUGGCGAGAAGCACUUGUGCGUUGGGGGGUAGACCCUCGUAAGGAUCCUGAAUACCGCAAGUACCAAACGGUGUCUUUUCUCUCAUAUCUCAAAUCGGGUAUAUCAAAACACCGCGCAGUUUUCGACCAACACGUCAUGAAGCUAGCCAAGAUGUCUCCGGAAGAGCUGGAGUCUGAGCAUACUUUUGACGGUGUUCAUGUCUCACAAACUGGAAAUCUAUUCCAAUUCUGCGACAUCACCGACCCUCUGAUUUCGAAAAUUCUUUCUACAAAGGAUAUCAGGACGACGUGUGCGCCGACCUUUCAAGGAUGGUAUCAUGUGGGGACAUGGGCUAAGGCGACGGUGAUACUAAAGGAUAAGAUGAACACAAUCAUUGGUGGCGAGAAACCAGAUGACUCAAUAUACCAGCGUAUUGUCGACUGGCCGGAACUAUGGGACGACAAGGAAAUGGCAGCUCAAUAUAAAGCAGAGAUAGAUGACCGCCAGGUACACCAAGAAAAGAGAAGAGAACACCAGGUUAUGCACAACGUCCGUUGGGCUGCAAGAAACCCGCGAUACGCUUUCGAGAAAAUGGAGGCAGAAAACGAACAAGAAAGGGAAGUGGAUGAUGCGGAGAAUUUGGAAGACGUUGAUGUUCCCGAAGAUAUGACAGAAGAUCCUGUCAUGGCUGACACGGUCUUGGAUGCAGACCUCGACGCAGAUGACGAGGGUGCUGACCAAGGUGGCGAGGGUGAUGAUGGCGAUGAUGAAGAUAAAGAAGAUACGAUGCCAGAUGAUGAGUUGGACGAGGACAUGUACGGGAGCUCAGACGGUGAAGAUGACAAUGAUAGCCCUAUCAUGUCUAUUCGAGCCACGUCCGAGGGCCCCGCGCCUUUUGGAGGAUACUAUAGGGUAUAG